GCCAGAGCACUCCACCAUUAGCUUUGCCAUCGCAUCACAUUGCCAAGCUGCUUUGCCAUUGCCGCUUCCCUUGGCCACUUGUAGCCAUGAAGCUCCUCUCGCUGAUUCUGGCCGGACUGCUGCUCUUGUCCCAACUCACUCCAGGUGGCAGCCUAAAAUGCUGGAAUUAUCAUGGCAAGUGCCGCCAGAAAUGCUUCAAGAAGGAAAAAGUCUAUGUUUACUGUACAAAUAAUAAACUGUGCUGUGUGAAGUCCAGGUACCUGCCAAAAAACUUACCUUGGCAAAUCUAAGUUCCUUGAAGCCUAAAGUUAUCAAAAGGCAGAUGAAGCUACCCUGAGUCUGACCCCAGUAGAUUCUUGAGCUCUAUCAAUAAACAUCUCUCUGGCUGAUCCCUGUGUUUGCCUGUUAGUCUACCCAGUGGUUCUCAGAAGGUCCUCUUUCAGGAGGUCCGUUUAAGUCAAAACCAUUUCAUUAUAUUUCACAAGCACUCUGGAAUUUUCUGAAAUCUACACAACAUACAAUGAUACCAUUAUUCUGGCAAUUAGUGAAAAGUUAUCAUCUAAUAAAUCAUUGCUUUGAAAUUC